GCAUGUAGCCGCUAGUAGCUAAGCUAGGCUAAUGUGAUCGUGCGCCGGCUCCAUCGACACUCGCAGGCUGCUUCGGGAAUCGAGUCCCUCGCUGGGGUAGCACACGACGCGGACACGGUGAAGACUUGGGAGACGUCCUUUCAUCCCUGGAGUGAAGAUGAUUAAGCUCUUUACCCUCAAGCAGCAGAAGAAAGACGAGGAAUCUGCGGGAGGAAACCGAACCGGAGCCGGCGGUAAAAAAGCCAGCGCGGCCCAGCUCCGAAUACAAAAAGACAUCAACGAGUUGAACCUGCCAAAGACCUGCGAGAUCAACUUUCCUGACGACGAUGACCUGCUCAACUUCAGACUCAUCAUCUCACCUGAUGAGGGUUUCUACAAAGGAGGAAAGUUUGUCUUCAGCUUUAAGGUAGGACAGGGUUACCCCCAUGAUCCCCCAAAGGUAAAAUGUGAGACCAUGGUGUACCACCCCAACAUUGACCUGGAAGGAAACGUCUGCCUAAACAUUUUAAGAGAGGACUGGAAGCCUGUGCUGACGAUAAACUCCAUCAUCUACGGUCUACAGUAUCUAUUUCUAGAGCCGAACCCCGAGGACCCGCUGAACAAGGAGGCGGCCGAGGUGCUGCAGACGAACCGGCGACUCUUCGAGCAGAACGUCCACCGCUCUCUGCGGGGGGGCUACGUAGGCUCCACCUACUUUGAGAGGUGUCUUAAAUAGAGCGCCCUUGACUCCGCCUACCCGCCACGCCCCCCUCCCGCUUACUUGUUUGAGCGACAGACAGGAAGCGGCGGAGGAGGCCCGCCCCCUUAAUUUCUUAGUUGACGCCGGCCGAUGAGACACGUGACAUCACGGCGUCCAUGACUUUUCUUUGGCCACGCCCCCUCCUGCGGCAAACUCCAAACGCUCCGAGCGCGGGGUGGGAGGGGCUACGGUGAACUCUUGAGAUGACAUCGUCACGCCGCGCUGGGGGCUGGGCUCAGGUGGCGAGUUUAGAGUUUGCGUGUGGGUGGGGCUACGGCGGUGGGUGGAGUCAGUGUGUUGCCAGGACGGGGAGGGCGGGGUUUAAAUGUUGUGUAUAUGAACACAUUGACUGCAAUAUGAUUUAUGUUGAAUAAAAAGGUA